AUGGCGCCCAAGAACAAAUUCGAGCUCAAGACCCCCAAGGGCACAAAGGACUGGGAGGGAAAGGACAUGGUCAUUCGUGACCACAUCUUCAACACCAUCACCGAAGUCUUCAAGCGCCACGGCGGAGUCACAAUCGAUACCCCCGUCUUCGAGCUCCGAGAGAUCCUCGCUGGAAAGUAUGGAGAGGAUAGCAAGCUCAUCUACGAUCUCGCCGACCAAGGUGGUGAGAUCUGCUCUUUGCGAUAUGAUUUGACCGUGCCCUUCGCCCGCUUCCUCGCCAUGAACAAGCAAAUCCAAAACAUCAAGCGCUACCACAUUGCCAAGGUCUACCGCCGAGAUCAGCCCGCCAUGACCAAGGGCCGUAUGCGAGAAUUCUACCAGUGUGAUUUCGACAUUGCUGGCACCUACGACCCUAUGCUGCCCGACGCCGAAGUUAUCCGUAUCGUCACAGAAGUAUUCGAGGGUCUUGGCUGGAACGACGGAUACACGAUAAAGCUCAACCACAGGAAGAUCCUCGAUGGUAUCUUCCAGGUCUGCGGUGUGCCUGAAGACAAGAUUCGCACCAUCUCCUCGGCUGUCGACAAGCUCGACAAACUGCCCUGGGCUGAUGUGCGCAAGGAAAUGACCGAGGAUAAGGGACUUGAUGGCGAGGUUGCUGACCGAAUCGGAGAGUGGGUGGUUCUCAAGGGCAAGCAAGAUCUGCUCCAGAAGCUGCAGAGCACUGAGAGCCUGGCAGCCAAUGCAUCCAUGAAGCAGGGUAUGGAUGAUCUUGCUCUGCUCUUCGAAUACCUCGAGGCUUUCGACUGUCUGGAUCGAGUAUCCUUCGACCUCAGCCUGGCUCGAGGUCUCGAUUACUACACUGGACUCAUCUACGAGGUUGUUACUCAGGGUUCCGCCCCUGAAGUUACCCCUGGUCAGGACAACGCGGACUCCAAGCCCGCCAAGAAGAAGGGCAAGAAGGGUGGUGAGGACGAGGACCGUUCUGAUGAUCCUACUGUUGGCGUUGGAAGUGUGGCUGCUGGAGGUCGCUAUGAUAAUCUCGUCGGCAUGUUCUCUGGAAAGAGUCAAAUUCCUUGUGUUGGUAUCUCUUUCGGUGUCGACAGAAUCUUCUCCAUCACGAAGGCUAAGCUGGCCGCUGAGAAGAGCGCUGCUGUUCGCAGCAACGAUGUCGACGUCUAUGUCAUGGGUUUCGGAAAGGGAUUUCUGAAGGAGCGCAUGUCAGUGUGUACCAAGCUUUGGGAAGCUGGUAUCAAGGCUGAGUUCCUUUACAAGGUCAAGCCUAAACUAGAAAAGCAAUUCAAGGCUGCUGAGGCUAAUGGCGUGCCUUUUGCGAUUUUCCUUGGUGAUGAUGAAGUCGCGUCAGGCAAGGUCAAGAUCAAGGAGAUGGGACUUCAGGAUGGUCACCCCGAGAAGGAGGGUGUUCUUGUUGCCCUCGACGACAUGGCCAAGGAAAUCAAGGUUCGACUCCAGCGCAAACGGGAGCUCGAUGCCAUGACCACGCAGGCCGAGGGCCUUCGGGUGGUCCACGGUAUCAAGGGUGAAGAAAAGAAGGAGGAGGAUGCCAAGCCCGAAACAACCCCAGCAGCGGCUGAGCCGACUCCAGGAUCAGAAGAGCAAAGCCCCGCCAACCCAGCGGCAUAG